AUGGUCUUAUUUCAGAAUUUAACUAUCCAUGAAUGGGAAGUUAGGUAUAUUGUGCAAAAUGGAAGCAGCAUCGCUGUGAAUGCUGGAGGGUUAAACACAGAGAGUGAUAAUGGGGUGGUUGGUAAAGGCGUAGCCGCUGGUGGAAGUGGGAGUGGUGUGGAUCAAAACUGGUUUGCACAAAGAGAGGCUGCCCUGACCAAAUUCCGGCAGAAGAGAAAGGAAAGAUGUUUUGAAAAGAAGGUUUUACUAGAUUUUAUACGACAAAUAAAUGAUGAUCAGGGGCCCAUGGAGGAGCAACGGCAGCGCUAUGGGCCAUCUCUGUACAACCUUACCAAUAUGGUGCUUUCAAUUCGGUUGUUUCUUCUUCUUUCUUGGAGGCAUUUCGAGGCAAGAAAAUUGUUCCAUGAAUUGGCAAAGUUUGAUGAGAAAAAGUGAAGCUGUCGCAGGCGUCUAUCUAAUCACAAUGCACAAGGUUGCAAGCCGAUUGAAUGAAGGAUUGUAAUUGAUUCAUUAUUAAAUGAAUGAUUGUAAUUGAAUGAAUGAAU